AUGUUCAACAAGGUUUUAUUAAGAUCAUCAAAACUUAAUUAUAACCCUUCAAUCUUCCAGAAAAUAUCCGCUGUUCAACGAAAUGUUACUAAUAUAACCCCCUUAACUAAUAACAAUAAUAAUAAUAUUAAUAUUAAUAAUCAAGUUUUCCGAAACACUCAACUUUCCACAAAACGUACUUUGGUCAGCAAAUCAUUAUCACAACCACCCAAAGAUGCAAUGACCACAGCUAGAGAAAUUGCUGCAAAGAAAAAUAAAAAAAUUGUGUUUUUACGAACUGCUUUUUUCAUUACCGCCGGUUUAAUUGGACUUUUAUAUUGGGCUUGGCCAAAACAUAAUUUCCCCUAUCCAGUGGCAAAAUUUUUGAGAAAGGGCUUGUGGGAAGAGCGUGAUGAUAACAGGGAUAAUAAUGGCAUGCCAAAUUAUCAAGCUGCUUUGAAGUACUAUCUUUUAGCUUUGGACAAAGCUGACGAGGUCGGAAUGAGUAAAAUUUCUGAUGAUUAUACAGGGAUUGAAUUGAAAGUUGCAGAAAUGUACGAAAAGUUAAAUAUGGUUGAUAAUGCCAGUAGGAUUUAUCUAGAAUUAUCCUAUAGAUACUAUGAUUGUUUAAGGAAUGGAACUUAUGAUAUUGAUGAGAUGGAAAAACCACACUAUAUCCAAAAAGAUUUGAGAUGUGUUAUCAAAUGGCUACAAUUCAAUAUGAGUAGUCAGCCACAUCCAGAAGUUUUCCAAUUUGCAAAAGGAUUGUUAUUAUCGCACUUAUUGCUAGCAGAAGAAGAAUUAAUGGCCAAGUCGCCUGAAUUUCCAUUAAAUAAUUUGACCAAGGAUGAUUUACAAAAACAAAUUGAACAUAAGUAUAGUGGUACUAUAAAUUUUGAAAAUAUGAUUAACGAAGAUAAUAUUUUCUUAGAUACUGACGGGUAUAUCGCCUUAGAUUUGGAGCAAAAAAGUAGUUAUGCAUGGUUUCCAUUUAAAGAUGAGUUUUUUACUGCUCGGGAUUUAUAUUCUGCAAUGUGCCUAUCAACUAAGGAUAUUGCCUCUGCAGUUAAUUAUAAAUUGACCACCUUAAAGUGGAUGGUUUUAGCUGGUAUGGCCCCUGGCCAAAUCAUGUUAUCACAGGCUAAUUUAGGCUCUUUAUUGUAUUUAAGGGGCGAAGAGUUUGAAGGUAAACUAAAUUAUUUACAGAAACAUCCAGAAAGCUUAAACUCUACUAACACUGAAGGUGUUGCCGAUGACCUCAAUUUAACAACCACUAUGAGAUUAUAUAACAAAAGCAAAGAUGAAUGCUAUAAAGCUGCUAUUGAAUGCUACGAAGCUAUAAUUAAAUUUACAAGAAAUCAUAGUAAAUUAAGAUUUGAAUCCAAUAUUAAUGGCUUGAAUCCGAGUGUAUCACAAGCUAUUGUUUUAUCUACAUACGGUUUAGGUGUGGUGAAUUUGCACUUGGACCAUUUACCCCAAGCUGAAAAAUUAUUGAAUGAUUCUUUAUCUAUGUCUAAACAAAUUGGAUUUGCUGAAUUGACUACUGAAGCCGAAAAUGAACUAAAAAAAUUACAAGCCAUCAAAGCUGAAAAAAAGCAAUUAGAAUCAAAACAAAAAAUGGACCAAUGA